AUGGAAAUUCAGACUAACUGUUGUUAUGCAACUGCAUUUAAUCAAGGUGCUUUCGACAUCAAAAAGAAAACAGCGAAGGCUGGUCGCAGUUGCGACAAGCUGCCGCCAAAUAAGAGCAACAUUUUGAGCUUUCACGGCAGCAGGAUGCCCAUAGUAUUUAAGUUUUUGAAACAAAGGUUGAAAGGACAAUCGACAGAUCUUCUUGCUUCGGCUCUUCUACAAUCAAGACCCUCGUCACCUUUGGCACAUGUUACUGAUUCAAUUGAAUUUUCUCCGAGGAUUUCACCGACACGUUUAAAUGCUCCGGGCUCUGCUACUGUAGUAGGUAUCUAGAUUUAUACCUCUGAAAACCAUCUGGAACUCAGAAGAGUACCAACCUAUAAAAAAAUAACUGUUUUUAAAAAAUAC